UGCCUCUCAAGCUGCGGGAGCGGGGAUCUCGCGCGUUCCAAUCUCCAACCGUCACGGCGCGCGCUCCGGGCUCCGCUCUCACCAGCAAUGGCUUCGGCUGAAAUCACCCGGCAGAUGAGUGAAAGUGUCCGGCCACUUUCCUUGUCAGGCCAUGUAGGAUUUGACAGUUUACCAGAUCAACUAGUAAACAAAUCUACCUCCCAGGGAUUUGGCUUUAAUAUUCUUUGUGUUGGAGAAACUGGCAUUGGAAAGUCAACCCUUAUGGAUACAUUGUUUAACACCAGCUUUGAAAGCAGCCAAUCAACACAUUAUGAAAACCAAGUAAAAUUGAAGGCCCAAACUUUUGAAUUACAGGAGAGCACUGCACGUUUAAAACUUACCAUUGUCAAUUCAGUGGGCUUUGGAGACCAGAUAAAUAAAGAAGAUAGCUAUAAACCUAUCAUUGACUACAUUGAUGCACAGUUUGAAGCCUAUCUACAAGAAGAGUUGAAGAUUAAACGUUCAUUGCACAAUUAUCAUGACACCCGUAUCCAUGCAUGUCUGUACUUCAUUUCUCCCACUGGCCAUUCUCUUAAAUCAUUAGAUUUAGUGACAAUGAAAAAGCUGGACAGCAAGGUGAACAUCAUUCCAGUGAUUGCAAAGGCUGAUACUAUUGCAAAAAAUGAACUUCAUAAAUUUAAAAUCAAAAUAAUGGGUGAACUGGUUAGCAAUGGUGUACAGAUCUAUCAGUUUCCAAUUGAUGAUGAAACAGUAGCAAAAAUUAAUUCAACUAUGAAUGGCCAUCUACCUUUUGCUGUGAUUGGAAGUACAGAGGAAGUGAAAGUUGGGAACAAAAUGGUUAAAGCUCGUCAAUAUCCUUGGGGAGUUGUACAAGUGGAAAAUGAGAAUCACAGUGACUUUGUGAAGCUGCGAGAGAUGCUUGUUUGUGUGAACAUGGAAGACCUGAGAGAACAGACCCACACCAGGCACUAUGAGCUCUAUCGUCGUUGCAAAUUAGAAGAGAUGGGAUUCAAAGAUACAGAUCCAAAUAAUAAGCCAGUCAGCCUUCAAGAAACAUAUGAAGCCAAGAGGAAUGAGUUUCUUGGUGAGCUUCACAGAAAAGAGGAGGAAAUGAGGCAAAUGUUUGUGAUGAGAGUUAAAGAAAAAGAAACUCAACUAAAAGAGGCAGAGAAGGAGUUGCAAGAUAAAUUUGAACAAUUGAAGAAAAUGCAUCAAGAUGAGAGAAAGAAAUUAGAUGAGAAAAAAUCACACUUGGAUGAAGAGAUGAGCAUAUUUAAUAAGAGGAAGGCUGCAGCUGAGUUACUACAAAGCCAGGCAUUCCAGACUACACCGCAAAUGAAUCUGAAGAAAGAUAAGGACCGCAAACAUUAUUAAUUUUUGAUGCUGCACCUCACUUUAUAUAAUAAUCUUCACUUAUUGGAAUGUUCUCAGAACUUUGAGAGUUCUGCUCACUUCUGGAUUGCAUGAAUGGAUGAAAAUGGUGUCACAAUUUUCAGUCACCUGAAUUAUGCCAAAUGCACUGCCUUAGUAGCUGUAUAAGCCAUAUAUUUAAAUAGGGUGCUAAUCCCAAUUGUUGACACAGACUUUGCCUUUACUGUGUCUUUUUCAGGAAAGUGUUUGUAUUUAUAACAAUUUCAGUUUUAUAUUUCCCAGUACCAAUUUGUGUGUGCUCGGAAAUUACAGAAAAUUAUUAGUGCAUGCACUAAGAUUCAAUUUUUGUAUUAUGUACACGUAAUUUUUUUUAAAGUCCUCAUUCCUGGUUAUCCAGCCCAUGGAGGGGCAAGACAUUUUGCAAUUCAAAUGAUCUUGUGCAAGAACAUACUUGUCUGUCCAAGCCAUACAUGUAUAUUUCUCCACGUGUGGUUAUUCCAUAGAUUACAGGAAGUUUUCAGGUUUGUAUAGGACCAAUUUUAUGUGCACAGAUAAUAGUAUUAAAGUUCUCAGCACCAAAAAUAGUCAACUUUUAUACGUUGGUGCUGUAGAUACUUCCCUAACAAUCUUGCAUUUGCCUGUGUUUUCUGUUGUUGUUGGAGUCUAAUAUAGCACAUUAAUGACUCCAGUUAUGGAAAUUAUUUGUUUGAGGUGGGUUUAUAAUUUUAAACACAGUUGUAUGAAUCUCACUGAACAAAGAGAUGCAUUAAGAGCAUCACCACUGGUACAUUUGCUAUAUAUUAAAUAAUGACAUUGAUUUGAAAUGCUGAUUUAAUUUGAGGGAUUGAAUUUUAAUUAAGAAAAAAAUGAUUGUUGCAUUGCUAUUAUAUCAUGGCUAGUUAUAAUUUGCUGCUGAAAUGCCAUUUUGGACAAAGUGUAAAGCAAAUUAUUUGAAUUUGUGUCAAAUUUAGCACAAGCUGCAGUUACGUCAGAGAUCUUUGCAAUUGUAAUUCAUUGUUUGCAGUACUACAGUGAACAACCUGGUGUUGGUAUGUUGUUGUACCUCAAAAAUUCGGUAUGUUUCGUACCUUAAAAUGCAGCCAUGUUUUAAAGUUCAAUCCAACCAAACAUAAACAUCAAAACUUACCAAGAUGUUGUGCAGUUAUUCACAUUGCUGUAAUAAUAUAUAAAAUUAAUUAGCUAUUUUGGUAAUAUUAACUUUCUUUCAAAUUAUGUGUUUUCUACUAAAAUAAUAUUUUUAAUGUACACUGAUUUCCACUACACCCCUCACAAUCAAUGCCUUGGAUUAUCUGUUCUCUUGUAUUAUUAGCUACGUGUUCACUUUUUAAAAAGCUAGUCUUGUGCAAAGCUCCCUUAAAUUUGUGUAUCAUUGAUCAUAACAUUGCUUUAACAAUUAAACCUAAUGAAAACAUCCUGAA